AUGGCCCCUGCGUUGAGAGUUGGUACCUGGACUAACGAAGCAGAGCUAAUAACUGGAUUAGGCAUCGCCACGUACGUACACAGUGAGCGUGGCGCAUCAGCGGGGGAGGAAGGCACCGCCAUGGCACUCGAUGAUAUCGAGCGUGCCAUGCUAAAGCGGCGGUUAUUUGAAGAGUGGAAGAGAGGAGUAGGCAUUGGUUAG